AUGGAACUCCGAUCUGUCGUCCGUCUCUUGGUCCUGUCGGCCUCCGUCUUCGCGCCGGGGGUCCUCAGUGCGUUCGGGUACACCUCGUCCGGCAACAACUAUGUCAUCGAUGCCGGCUCCGCCAACCCGCUGGUCUUCUCGGUGAGCAAGUCGAGCUGCGACAUCAACUCGAUCAAGUAUCGCGGCACCGAGCUCCAGUAUUCCAACACCGGAACCCACAUCGGUUCCGGGCUCGGGUCGGCCACCGUCUCGGUCAGCCAGAUCAGCGGAUCGUCCCGGUACAUCAAGGUGACAUGUGUGACGUCGACCCUGACGCACUACAUUGUGGUCCGGGAGGGUGAGAGCAUCAUCUACAUGGCCACCUACAUCACCGCCGAGCCGUCGGUUGGCGAGCUGCGCUUCAUCGCCCGUCUGCUGCCCGACAAACUGCCCAACGAGUACCCGUACGGCGAGGUCUCCAACACGAGCGGCGCCAGCGCGACAGUCGAGGGGUCCGAUGUCUUCAUCGUCAACGGGCAGACGAGGUCCAAGUUUUACUCGUCGACACGCUUCAUCGACGAGGACUCGCACUGCGUGUACGGCGGCAGCGACCUGAUCCACGUCUGCAUCAUGACGCCCCAGCAGGAGUCGUCGUCCGGCGGCCCGUUCUUCCGCGACAUCGACUCGAACAACGCGGGGGAUUCGACCAACCUGUACAACUACAUGAACAGCGGCCACGUGCAGACCGAGGCGUUCCGCAUGGGGCUUCACGGACCGUACGCCAUGCAGUUCUCGCGCUCCGGUAUCCCCAGCGUGAAGAACCUGGACGUCUCGUGGUUCGGCGAGGUCUCGGUCACCGGGUACGUGCCCGCCUCCGGCCGCGGGACCGUGCAGGGGACCGCGAGCGGCGUGCAGAGCGGGAUGCAGGGGGUGGUGCACUGGUACAACAGCAAUGCGCAGUACUGGGCCAAGACGUCAUCCAGCGGCGCCUUCACCUCGCCGCUGAUGAAGCCCGGCACGUACACCAUGGUACUUUACCAGACCGAGUUCAAGAUUGCCACGACCACCGUCACCGUGUCCGCGGGCCAGACGACCAGGCAGGACAUUGCCGGCAACUUCAACACGUCCCGCAACACGCUCUUCCAGAUCGGCGAGUACGACGGCCAGCCGACCGGGUUCCGCAACGCCGACAAGUUCCUCCGCAUGCACCCGAGCGACAGCCGCAUGGACAGCUGGGGCCCCCUGACCUACACGGUGGGCAGCUCGACGCUGUCCGACUUCCCCAUGGCCGUCUUCAAGUCGGUGAACAACCCGGUGACCAUCAAGUUCAACCUGGCCAGCGCCCCGGGGGCCGCCACCCUGCGCAUCGCCACGACCCUCAGCUUCGCGGGGAGCCGCCCCCAGGCGACGGUCAACGGCUGGUCCGGCCCCGUCCCGGCCGCCCCGACCAAGAUCGACAGCCGCGGCGUGACGCGCGGCGCCUAUCGCGGGUACGGCGAGAUCUAUACCGUCAACAUCCCCGCCGGCACGCUCGUCGCUGGCACCAACACCAUCACAAUCAGUUCCGUCUCUGGCAGCGAUGGAGAUGCCUUCCUGAGCCCCAACUUUAUCUUCGAUGCCGUUGAACUCUACACAGCUUGA